AACAAAUAAGGGAAAAAAUGGACAACCGUUUGUUUCUUGCAUCGUUUGCAGCUGUCGUCGUUUUCGCUGAACUGGCCUUGAUCCAAGCCCAGCGAGACUGCACGGCCCCACCGCCACCAGCCAGCCCGAAAAUAUGCUGCCCCUGGAUGGACGGCAGCACCACCUACAACGAUACGAUCUACGUCGAAUGUUGGAAUCGAUUGUCGCACUACCCGCUGGUUCCGAUUCCGGGCGGUGGGCUGGCCGGCGGUCCAGCCGGGUGUGCCUCCGACUGUCUGUUCAACUAUUUGGAGCUGUUCGACCGCAGCGAUUCCAGCGGCACAAAGUUGAUUGAUUUCUACGCCCUGAACGAGCACGUCAGAGAGAUCUCCGAACCGGGCCGCUACCCGUUGAUGUACCUGGCGCUGCGUUAUUGUGUGGCGGAGGCCAACCAGCGAGCGACCAUUUUUAGCGAAAUUCAACAACAGAGCCCACCGGUCGUUCCCGGGCUGGACAAUUGUAAUCCCAUUUCGGGCUUCACCAUGUCCUGUUUGCAUUCGUACGCCAUCAGGUUCUGUCCGGAUUGGACCCCCAACGAGGAGGAGGGCUGCGAUGAGCUGUUGGACUUUUACAACCAGUGUCCGUUGAAUCCAUAUUAG